UCCCCGGCCGUAUUAGGUGUUCCCGGUGGCGGAGGUCGGUGCUGUCAAAGACAGGCGGAGAGAGGACAUGGCGGAUCGGGGGGACGCGGGGCUGUACCAGGAAGCUGAGCAAUGGCUGAAAUGGGACAAGAAUCCUAAAACCUCCGAGUUGGUCAAGCAGCUGGUGUCAGAAAAGAACAAAGAAGAGUUGAAGAAAUGUUUUGGUGCCAGGAUGGAGUUUGGUACAGCGGGGCUGCGGGCAGCGAUGGGCCCUGGUGUUUCCCAGAUGAAUGACCUCACCAUUAUCCAGACAACUCAGGGAUUCUGCCGAUACCUUGAGAAGAAUAUCAGUGAUCUGAAGGAAAGAGGCGUUGUCAUUGGCUAUGAUGCCCGAGCUCACCCAGCAAGUGCAGGAAGCAGUAAGAGGUUUGCAAAACUUGCUGCUACAGCUUUCAUCAGUCAAGGUGUCCCCGUGUACCUUUUCUCCAGUAUCACACCAACACCUUUUGUUCCAUACACAGUGACACAUCUCAAUCUCUGUGCUGGAAUUAUGGUUACUGCCUCCCACAAUCCAAAGCAAGACAAUGGUUACAAGGUGUACUGGGAGAAUGGUGCACAGAUCAUUCCACCACAUGACUCGGGGAUCGCUCAGUCUAUUGAGGAGAAUCUAGAGCCGUGGCCACAUGCUUGGGAUGAUUCCCUUAUUGACGGCAGUUCACUUCUAAAAGAUCCAUUCCAGUCUAUUAAUAAGGAUUACUUUUCCGAUUUACAGAAGCUUUGCUUCCACAGGGACAUUAACAAGUGCUCCAAGCUAAAAUUUGUGCACACAUCUGUGCAUGGCGUGGGCCACGAUUUUGUCCAAUCGGCAUUCCAGGCUUUCAGUUUCAGCCCUCCUCUCGCUGUCCCAGAGCAAAAAGAUCCAGACCCAGAGUUUCCUACAGUGAAAUACCCAAAUCCUGAAGAGGGGAAAGGAGUACUGAAAUUGUCUUUUGCAUUGGCGGAGAAAGAAGGUGCCAGAAUUAUUUUGGCAAAUGAUCCUGAUGCUGAUCGGCUGGCAGUUGCGGAGAGACAGGAAAGUGGCGAAUGGAAAGUAUUCUCUGGAAAUGAGUUGGGUUCUCUGCUGGGAUGGUGGAUUUUCACUUGCUGGAAGGAGAAGAACCCAGACCCGAGUGCAGUGAAAAAUGUCUACAUGCUGGCAAGUACGGUCUCCUCAAAGAUCCUCCGGGCCAUCGCUGUGCAGGAAGGUUUCCACUUCGAGGAGACGCUGACCGGAUUUAAAUGGAUGGGAAAUAGGGCAAAAGAACUCAUUGAUCAAGGGAAGACUGUACUAUUUGCAUUUGAGGAGGCGAUAGGAUACAUGUGCUGUCCCUUUGUCUUGGACAAAGAUGGAGUAAGUGCUGCUGUCAUUGCUGCAGAAAUGGCCAGCUAUCUGGAAACAAAGAACCUCACCUUGUCCCAGCAGCUGAAUGCAAUUUUCAACAAGUAUGGAUAUCACAUUAGCAGGAAUUCAUAUUUCCUAUGCUAUGAUCAGACUACAAUCAAUAAUCUUUUUGAUAACCUGAGAAACUAUGAUGGAGACUCUGGUUACCCCAAGCUGUGUGGUAAAUUUCCACUUACUGGAGUGCGUGACCUAACCACCGGAUUUGACAACAACCAGCCAGAUAACAAAGCUAUACUCCCAACCAGUAAAAGCAGCCAAAUGAUCACUUUCACCUUCGCCAAUGGGGGAGUGGCCACAAUGAGGACCAGUGGUACUGAGCCAAAAAUUAAAUACUACGCUGAACUGUGUGCAGCACCAGGGAAUAGUGACUAUGAUCAGUUGAAGAAAGAACUGAAUGACCUUGCUGAUGCCAUCGAAGAACAUUUCUUUCAGCCGGAGAAAAAUAAGUUGCAGCCAAAAGCGGAAUAAUGGCCUUGUUUUGUUUGAUGGUGCCUUCAGAGGUUGCAGGAGCUGGUCUUGUUGGUGUUUUUCAGCUUGAAUACACAAAGCCUGACAAUUGUUUAGGAAAAAAAUCUGAUUUAUUUUUAGGUACAUCGAGAAAUACAACCAAACCCAACGGACGCCAAUGUCACUGCAAGAGCAAAACCUUCCUGCUUGGCCAUGUUUUAAUGCAGCCAUUGGUCCCCUAGUAGAGAUUAUUUUGCAUUAUCUUAGCUAAUUCAUUUUUAUAUCUAUUUAUUGUUAAAGAAACGUUCUGGAGAGUACAAGGAUAUGAGCAGGGCCAGAUUUCUGCUUAGUCGGCAUAGGGCAUGGCCUAGGGCAGCCAUUAUAGGCACUCUGUUCUCUACAUUAGUAAUACAUUCCCGCGGGUAGUGAAAGGUAUUCAACUGCUGACGCCUCUCAGAGCAGUGUGUGCAUUUUCCUUUUAUUGGAAUAAUUACUGUAUGUUUACAGUUCAGCAUAUCUAGAUCUAAGUUGUUGGGUGUCAGUUUGCCUGUUGCUGCAGCGGACAGUUGGAGGUGUAAUAAUGCAAAGGUAAUAAGCUGUCUCUUUAGUCUUCCUGCAGGUUUCUAUUCUCUUCUCUUCAUAGUGAAGUCUUUUUAUACUAUUUAGCUUCAGUUACUGCUAUACCUUGCCACAACUGAACGGAAGCUCAGUUGUAAACCAGUUCAUAGCCAUUAUGAACUUGACCGAGCCUUAAAUCUUCUGUUUACAGAAAUCAUUCCUUUCUCUGUAUUUUAAACCUGAAUUUUCUCAUUUAUGCAAUUUUGUGUAUACACACUGUCUGCCAUUAAAUUCAACUAAACACGAA